AUGGAGGCAUCAUUCUCUGAAUUCACAAGUAGUGAUGGAGUCAACGCGAAUAGACGUGGAAGACGUGGAAGGUAUUCUUUGGUAUGUUUCGUUCAUAUUAUAUUGCUGAAUGGUAUUUUUAUAUUUUGA